GUAAGCGCUGAAAAUCUACAGUUCGCAUUUCGCGCCUGCCGCGACACGUCCGGAUUCUAGUAGUGUUCGGCUCCGGUUUUCGUGACUUUAUUUUAAUUGUGACCGAGUCCGGAUUAAACCGAUUUCAGGUGCAGAAAAGGAUUCAAAGAUUUUGGACAAAUUUUGAUUAAGGCCCGCCGUGGAUGGGGUGCUGGGGCAGUCAGGCCGUAGCCGCGAUGGAAACCGAAGAAGAAGACAGCGAAGAAACGCAGCCUGUACGAUGAUCCCCCCAGCUCACACCAUGCCAUCUCUCCAUUUCCACCUGGCCCUCAUCAUCGGCUUUUGCAUCCAAAUGAUCGUGGCGGACUGUCCGCGUUUAUGCGAGUGCAAGUGGAAGAGUGGCAAGGAGUCGGUUUCUUGUCCCAACGCAAACUUAUCUUCCAUUCCUCUCCAUCUGGAGGCCGGCACUCAAGUCCUCGACGUCUCCAAGAACAAUCUAGUCAAUUUGAAACACGACGAGUUCAGCAAAGCCGGUCUGCUCAACUUGCAGAAAGUGUACUUGUCUCAGUGUCGUCUGAAGAACUUGGAACGGUACGCUUUUAGGAAACUAAUCAAUUUGGUCGAGUUGGACCUGAGCCACAACCUCUUGAGCAGUGUCCCCUCACACUCGUUUGACUCGAUCCCCGAACUGCGGGAACUCAAGCUCAACGAUAAUCCCAUACAAAGAAUACUCAACGAUGCUUUCAUCAAUGUUCCACAAUUGAUACGGUUGGAGCUAUCAGAGUGUCGCAUUUCAACAAUCGAACCCCGAGCCUUCCACGGUCUAGAAUCUUCACUCGAAUGGCUUAAGCUCGACUACAACAAACUAACCGAAGUGCUGUCUUCUUCUUUUACGAUACUAGAGAACUUGCACGGCCUGGAACUGGCCGGAAACCCUUGGAACUGCACGUGUCCUCUCCGCCCUCUCCGCGAGUGGAUGUUGCAGAAAAACGUCCCUUUCGGGAUCCCCCCCAUUUGUCAAAGCCCCAAACGCCUCCGCUCCAAGACCUGGGACAAGCUAGACCUCGACGAAUUCGCCUGUAUACCCGAAAUUUUUGCUUAUGAAAGCAAAACUAAAGGAGUCGAAGGCAAAAACGUCACCAUGACGUGCCGAAUCACCGGAAUCCCGGAACCCUCAGUCCGGUGGCUGCUCAAGAACAAAGUGAUCGCGAACCUUUCGGGUUCCUCUUACUCCAACGGUAAAAAACUGUACAUGGUGCACUUGUCGAACAACUCGAGUGAUUUAACAAUUUUCAGUGCCGACCUGCAAGAUGCAGGUGUGUAUGUGUGUGCGGCGGAAAACAAGGCGGGUCGUGCCGAAGCUAGUGUAACAUUAGCCGUGAUUAGGAAACCGCCUGAAACCGCUUUCAAUAACAAAAUAUUGAUUGCGAGUGUUAUGACGGGCAUCGCGUUGGUUCUAGCCUCGUGCUUGAUCGCACUCUGUGUGUACUCGGUGCGGAAGAAGCAAAUGCUCACAUGGCGGACUCGCGAGUGCAGAAGGGAGGACAACUAUGAGAAAAUCGAAAUGAAUCAUAAAGUGGCGGGGAAUUCCAACGGGGGAGCGGUGCAAGCUGAGAUCGCGGUGGUGGCAACGAAGAAGAAUGGGGAGUAUAGGGUUGUUCCAGUGGCGGAUAAUGAAGAGGUUGAGGAGGAGGAGGAGAGCAAUGUUGAAGCGGCGGCAAAGAGGAUAUGGCAAGAUACUGCCAUUGAAAAGCGGUGGAACUCGCCGGAACAUCUCCUGGAUCCGGAGGAUCUGCACAUACCGAGGAGGACUCUACAAGAGGCAAGAGACGAUAUCAGGAAGGGGUUCAGUUCGACGUCUGGUAUAUAUAGUGGGUACGAGCAGCCGUCGACAUCCCUAAGCCAAAGCGUGGCACCGCAUCUCCUACGCAGGCAAAUAUCCGGAGGCCACGCGACAACCUACAACAGCGAGCUGUCGAGUCUGAUGGAGGACGAGGCUGACAAGAAAUACCCGGAUUUGAUUGAGAACUCUUCGUACAAGUUCGGGCACAAGGCGAACAGCGAGGGCGGCAGCGUGGCCGACAUCACGGACCUCUUCUGCACUCUGCCCCGGAAACGCACCCUCAUACAGAGCGCGCGUUACAAGAGCAGCGACAGCCAGUCGCCCCUCCUCCCGGAGAGCAGGUACGGCAGCAGCGGCGGCGAAAGCAGCUGCGGCAGCCAGGAGUCCGGGCUCCGGCGGCUCUCCGACUGCCCCAAGUACCCGGCAGGGAACCUCAACAAAAACAGGGUAAAUAAAAUCUCCAACAGCUACUUGAACCUGACGCGGGAGGAGGAGCUGACCUCGACGCCGCUGCUGGACGUGACGGGGCUGGAAAGCAGGGUGGGUCUCACCCCGAAUGCAAAUUCCUACGAUUACCAUGCGGCCCAGCUGGAGCGCUUUCUGGAGGAGUACCGCAGCCUCCAGAAGCAGCUGACGAAAAUGAAGGAAACUUGCGACAACCUGUGCCAGGACCAUCUGCAGGCGGGGUCCUCGCAGGUGACCCCCUCCACGUCGAACGACGAUGUUGUGAGGAAUAAUCCGGUGUCGCCGAAUUCAAAUCAGUCACUCGAGGACUCGAUUGAUUUUCGCAAUUUCGAGAGCGAACUCACCAAGUAUUUGCUCGCCAAAAGUUCACCCUCACCCAAAACUUUCACCAACAACAGCGGAGUGUUCAAUAAUUGAAUUUGACGACAAAAAAUUUGUGUUACAGUGAUAAUUACGAUGGCAAUUGCCCGGAGUGACGCUAUACAAGGAUUUAAACGACUCCCGGAAAUUUUUACUAAUGUGUAUAAAUUAACAUUGUACAUAUCUGGAUGACUGUUACGUAUCAUUUGUUUGUUAAAUGUUGAUAGUUCUAGCAGACAUUUGUGAUAUUAUAAAGGUAGCAUUUUAUUUAUCGACUUGAUGGGUUUUUCAUAUCGUACGAAUUACGUUCUACUGUAAUAACACAUAUCCUUUAUAAGUUUGUAAAUUAUUUAAAUAAAUGCAUUCUAUUUAUCA